AGCCGGCCACGGGCGGCCCUUCCGGCCGUAAAGCGCGCCCGGCCCGGCCGCAAAUGCAGGUGUCGCACAGCGCCGCGAAGAGGCUCGGAGGACUCGGAGCAUACGAGAUGCGAUGGAGUUUGCUCUCCCCCUACCAUGGGGCUGCCCCUCCGCACCCUGCUGCUCCUGCCCCUGCUGUGCCCAGCAGGUGCCCCCUUCCGGAUCUGCGCCUUCAACCUGCAGCGCUUUGCCAGCCCCAAAGCGGCCAAGGCUGCCGUCAUGGACACGCUGGUCAAGAUUGUGUCUCGCUGUGACAUUGCGGUGCUGCAAGAGGUGAUGGAUGCCAAGGGGCAGGCCGUGCCCGCGCUGAUCAGUGCCCUGCACAGAUCUGCAGGCCCCGACUCCUACAAAGCCCUGGGCAGCCCGCUGCUGGGAGCCGGGAAUUACCAGGAGCGCUACGUCUUCGUGUACCGGUCCGGCCGCACCCAGGUCCUCGACUCCUACGUGUACCUGGACGAGAACCCCAAUAGACCGGACGCCUUCGCCCGCGAACCCUUUGUUGCGCGCUUCAGCCUGCCCAGCAAAGUCCUCCCCACCCUGGUGCUUGUCCCCCAGCACACCAUGCCCAAGAAGGCCGAGGCGGAGAUCGACGCGCUCUACGAUGUCUUCCUGGAUGUCCAGGCCCGUUGGGGGAUGGAGGACAUCAUGUUCCUGGGGGACUUUAACGCUGACUGCGGUUACGUGGCCAAGAAGCGCUGGGGCCAGAUCCGGCUGCGGCGCGAGCCCGGCUUCCGCUGGCUAAUCGGAGACGCCGCCGACACCACUGUGCGGAACAGCACACGCUGCGCCUACGACAGGAUCGUGGUGCAUGGGGAGCGCUGCCUGGGGCUGCUGGUGCCCGGCUCAGCCCAGCCCUUCGACUUCCCUGGCACGUUCGGGCUCACGGAGACCGAGAUCCUGGUGCGCUGUGACAUCGCUGCCGUGCUGGAGGUGCGGGAUGCAACGGGGAACGCUGUGCAGGCCCUGCUAUGGGAGCUGAACAGGUACGACCCGUCCCACAGCUACGCCCAGCUGGGCAGCCGGCGACUCGGCCGCGGGACCUACAAAGAGCAGAUCGUCUUCGUGUAUCGGGCGGACCUGGUGACGGUCACAGACUGGUACCAGUUGGGGGAGGCUGGACACUUUGCCCGGGGGCCCUUUGCCGCCCGCUUCCAUGCGCCCAGCACAGCCAUCAAGGACUUUGUGCUGCUCUCGCAUCAUGCCAGCCCCCGGAACGCACCCCACGAGAUCCAUCAGCUCCACCGGGUCUGCCAGGAACUGAGCCAGCGCUGGGGAACCCAGAACGUGAUGGUGCUGGGGGACUUAAAUGCAGGGGGGCCCUAUGUCCCCCCCAGCGCCUGGGGGUCCAUCCGGCUGCGCUGGGAUCCCCGCUUCCACUGGCUGAUCGGGGAUGGCGUCGAUACCACGGUGCGAGCCCGGACCCACUGUGCCUACGACAGGAUCGUGGUUCAGGGGGACGAGCUGCUCAGAGCCGUGGUGCCCGGCUCAGCCAAAGCGUACAACUUCGCCAGGAGCCUGGGGCUGUCGGAGGAGGAGGCCCUGCAGGUCAGCGACCAUUACCCCGUGGAGGUGAACCUGCGCCUGGCCAGCCGGACCCCCCGGGAGCUGUGA